AUGGCAAAGGGAAAGAAGAGCGGUGAGGCAAAGGGAACCCAAAAACGACAAAAGAAAAUCCUCCGCGAGAAUGUACGCGGCAUCACCCGCGGCUCCAUCCGCCGUCUUGCCCGCCGCGGGGGCGUCAAGCGGAUCUCUGGGGUGAUGUACGACGAGGUGCGGGGCGUCAUUAAAGCCUUCGUCGAGGGCGUCGUGCGGGAUGCCACCGCCUACACAGAGUACGCCCGCAAGAAGACCGUCACCGCCGUCGACGUCGUCAAUGCCCUGCGGAAAAGAGGAAAGAUUCUCUACGGAUAUGAGUAA